AUGCCUACUGAAGACAAACAACAACAACAACAGGUGCAAGAACAACAACAGGUACAAGGACAACAAGAUCCUGUUUCCAUUCCGGUGCAUCGAGAAAAACGUAGCCUAGAACAAAAGUACCGCGAUUUGGUUUCUAAACUCGGCGGAAAAUAUCGAUCGUCUGUGACGGAUGGAAAUCAGAUCCAAGCUGUGAAUACGGAAUGGCCGAGUGAAGUGAAUCGGUGGAUUGCGUCCACAAAUCGUCUGUGGUCGGAUGUAAUGCGAAGAUUGUGGCAAAAUGCGUUCGAGCUGGUGCCCGCAGAGAUAAGUUAUUUGGAUCCGCUUGUCACAAUGAACACGGCCGCACCUCAGGACUACAUUCAAGCAAUUCUAUCGCACAUGGAUAGACAGACAGAGGCUGUACGUAAAGAAAUGUCCCAGUUCACUUCCAACAUGUUGGGCGGUGUGAUGCCAGGCGACGAGAUGUCUGGUCCGCUUGUGCCACAGGGUGGUCUCAUCGGUGGUCCCUUGGGAUUCCUUAAAGAUGCAUUCCAAAUGGGAGAGGAUGGCAAGGUGAAGUUUCGUCUGCAGUUUGACAUGCGAGGAUACGCACCGGAAGAUGUGGAAGUGAAAAUGAAGAAACAUUGGCUGACGGUUCAGGCAAAGAAGACCAUGAAAACGGAACGUGGAAGGAAUACAAGUGAGUUUUGUCGAACCGUCUAUGUGCCAAGUUCCGUGGAUGGGGAUAAUUUCCAAUGCCAGUUGACAAACGAUGGGAUAUUGAUUCUCGAAGCACCGGUGAAACAUGAUGAUUAUCGACAAAUCAAAUUUGAUCGUGAUCUAAAGCUCGGGAUUAAGCCACGUUCUGACCGGCAGCUGAACGAAAAUCAGCCCGAGACUAUGGAGGUCGAGUCGACGAACACGGAUCUUCAAGUGACAGGUCGAUUCAGUCCGGUUAUUCAAGAGGGUGGACCAACCAACCGAACGCUUCAUGUGGAGAUUCCCAUUGAACCGGGCUUCACAGCGGACGAUCUGUCGAUUCGCGUAGACGCUAAUCGUCUAAUAGUAACCGGUCGUCACGAGAUGAAUGAGGACACAGACAAGUAUUGUGAACGUUCUGUCCACGAGUUCAGUCGUUCAUAUGUGGUACCGGAGACUGUGGAUCCGUUCUCCAUGGUGAGCCAGUUGCGCGGUGCAACGCUCGUUGUGGAAGCACCCUUGGUCCGGUCAGAAUGA